AUGAGACUCCCCGCUCAGCUGGCGAAAGUCGAAGGCAUACAGCAUGCGCUCUAUGCCGACGACAUCCCCAUAUGGGCGUCACACGGCCCGGCAGGAGACAUGGAGGCAAGCCUGCAGCAAGCGGCGGACAUCGUGGAUGACUAUGCCCGUCGCUGCGGCCUUCAGUGCUCCCCGUCCAAAUCAGAAUUCGUGCACAUACGCCCAUCGCGUAAGUGCACCACAAAAAUUGACCUCUCCCUUCACAGCGGACCCAUACCCGAACGCGACGAGAUUAGAGUACUGGGGCUCUUUAUACAUAAAAAUCGCAGAGCAGACACAACAUUGGCCAAAUUGCGUAAGGUGGGGGACCAGGUGGGCCGGAUGGUCCGCCGGGUUUCCAACAAGCGCGGGGGUUUGCGAUGCAAAGACGCCUUGCGGCUGGCGCAUGCAUUCGUAACCAGCCGAGUCCUGUACUCGGCUCCAUACCUCCACCUACGCAAAUUCGACGAGAAUGCACUCGAAGUCAUUCCCCGCAAAAUCUACAAGCGCGCCCUCGACCUUCCUGUCAGCACAUCUAAACAGCGCCUUCUGGGCGUGGGAAUGGUGAACACCUUCAAGGAGCUUCGAGAGGCGCACUUGACUAACCAAUAUACUAGACUCUCUAAAACACCGUCGGGUCGCCGCCUCCUUGCCCGACUACACAUCAAUCAUUCAAUACAUACGGAAGAGCGCGUACAGAUUCCAGAAAUUUGGCGAUACUCCCUGCACGUGCGCCCUCUUCCGGCUAACAUGACCUGA